GCGUAUGAGAGAGCUGCGAAGACUAGAUGCCAAGGAGCACAGAGGAAAGGGGCUGAUGUCAAUGCUGUGGACGAUAAAGGGCAAUCCGCUUUACACCUCGCGGCAACUUAUGGAUAUGCACAAGUCAUCCAGGUUAUUAUGUCACUAGGUUUUCCUCACGAUUUAGAAAUGAAGGAUUUUGAAGGCCAUACUCCACUUCACUGUGCUGUUCUGUCCCAUAAUUCCCUGUUCCGAGAGCAGCAAUGUCACCUUACACUAACCGAGGAGCAGAAAAAAGAACUUCAGUACCAGAGUGAGGAGGUGUUAUCAUGUAUCCACCUUCUGGUGCAGAUGGGAGCCUCCAUCCACAGCCGAGAUGUUAAAAGCAACAAGACAGUACUUCAUUACACGGUACAGGAUGGGAACAUCUCCCUGCUCAAGUACUUCUUGGAACUAAAUGCUUUCAUGUCUGAGGACUUUAUCAACAGUAAGGCUCAUGGUAACACUGCUUUGCACAUGGCAGCUGCUCUUUAUCAGGACAAAAAUCAGGAAGAAAUUAUCAAAUUGCUCCUGGACCAUGGGGCAGACCCAAGCAUCCGAAACUUAGACAACGACCAGGCAAUUCACAUGGCACAGUCAGGAAAGGCUGGCGAUCGGGUCAGGCAUUUGCUGAAGAAAGGGAGAGUCACGUCAGCAUUUGUUACCUGCCGUCGAAAUGUGAGAUCCUAGAUCACCUGCCAAUUCAGACAGCGUUUUGCCUUGGUUUCCUGAGAAGGCACUUCCUUUCAGAAAAACUUGAAGUCUUUAAAUCAAGACUGAAUGACUUUCUAAAAGAUACGUUCUAGUUUUGACACAAGUUGUUGGCCUCAGUGACAGGGAUUACUGGGUGAAAUUCUGUGGCCUUUGUUAUGCAGGAGGUCAGAUUCUAACUGCCCCUUCUGGCCUUAAAGUCUAUGAAAAUCCAAAGGCUUCAGUGAUGAACUGUAUGGUGCAAAUGUGCUGUAGCCACUAAGUUGAGCUCACCAUCGUAUGAAUCACUUAGAUUUAAACUAGUUUAAAUGGUGGAUUCUCUGUCACUUGAAGUCUUUAAGUCAUGAUUUGAGGAUGUCAGAGACUCAACCAGAAGUUAGGGGUCUAUUACAGGAGUGGUUGGGUGAGGUUCUGUGGCCUGCCACGUGCAGGAGGUCAGACUAGAUGAUCAUGGUGGUCCCUUCUAGCCUUAAAGUCUAUGAGUCAAUUGCAUUGUCAUAGUUCACCUGUGUGACCACCAGUAGGUCUGAACCUAAGACAUCUAAAGUGAAAAUUCCUUUUGUCCAUGAAGCUACUAUCAAUUCUGUUCCUCAGUAUUUUGCAUGAGAAUAUUGAAGUAGCCACACUUGAAAGCUUAGAUAUCAUGCUUCUGACUCUAAGAGGGGAAAACAAAUGCUCACAAGGAUAAACAUACAGGACCAGAUCCUCAGGUGGUGUAGGUUAGCAUAACUCCGCUGAAGUCAAUACAGCUGCACUAAUUUACACCAGCUGAGAAUCUAACCCACAUAUUCUAUUUAGCAUUCAGAAAAGUUAAUUUAACAACAGUUCCUGUAUAUAAAAAUAACAGACCCAGCUGAUCAUUUGAGUUCUUCUCUUCUUUUAGGAUUAUCCUCCUACAGUAUGUGCAAUGACUAAUGGGAUUUUGCAGCUCCAAUCAUGUAGUUAAAAGAGUGCAGGAAAUCACUUUGUCCUACAGAAGACAGGUAAUGAUCACUGGCAAACAUGGUGACAUGUUAUCUAAUCUUCUUAAUUAGUUUAGUUAGAUUAAUCACAAAGGCAAAAUCAUCAGCAUCAAACCUAGACUGUCAGUAAUGUGCCCCCAACUGAUGGUAAAAGUAACCCAGAAAAUCAGAUGUCUGAAGAAAGGCCUGCUGGGUUUUGUUUUCAGGCAUCUAUUUCAUUUAAAAUGUGUUAAUAUUAUUCUUUACAAAACAAAUUACUUAAACCAAGGAAAUUACCCAGAAUAGCGACUAACAUUCAGGAUGCUCAUUCAAUAUUUCCAAUCAGAAUAAUCUAUACAACACUGUCAAUCAUAGCAGGAAUUAUGAUCCUGAAAGCAUUAAAAUACAAGAAGCUAGAUUCAUCUCAUCGGCAGCCAAGGAGCACGAGGUCUGGGAGGAGGGUGAAAAGGUGGCGUGAGCUCAUCUCUGUACUCUCUCAAAUCCUCAGCUCACUCUGUGUUAUUCCAGUCCCACGGUGUAAUUUAGAGCAGUCUGAGGGUUGCCAAUGGUCCCAAAGGACAAACAUGGCAUUGGGGAAUGUAGGGAAGCCCCAGUCUGCCCAUUCACUGUGGGCUUCCACUGUGGGCAAAGUGGAAUUAAUUGCAGGAAAAAGGCCCAAAGCAUGAAUGGAGAAUAUUCAUAGUAACAUUCUUAGCGGAAUGUGUAUUGUAGUAGAUUCUUUCUAUGAAAAGAUUUAUGGGUUGCUAUGCAAUCGUAGACUGAAAAUAAUGCCUCUCAUGAGUCGAUAGAAAUGAGGGGGAGUAAAGGUGACAUUCUGACAAUCAGUACCACAGAUGGUAAUUUUCAUUAAUUUUAUUUAAUAAGUUGACUAUAAAGCAUUUUGAUUGUACCUCACUAUUUCUCAUUGUAGCACAAAUGAAUUUUUAACAAGUGUAAACAGAAAGGUAAAGGAUAAUUUAAAAAAAAAUUAUUUUAGUUUUUUCCCAGCAUCUUAGCUAUUGGAAAGUGACUCAGGUUUCGCUUUUUGAACAUUAGCGCUCAGUGUGUCCCUCUUGAAUGAUGCUGUUAUAUUGGGAAUCACUAGUGUUUUGCACUGAGACUUAGGCUCAUAAAUUACUUAGGGGUUUUGAAAAAAAACGUUUAGCCAAAUGUUCAGCAGGUUUAGACUAAAGCUCUUCAGAAACACUGUUAUAGGUAUUGUAAUUACAGAUUGCUGUAACUCUUAGCUUUCCUCAAACCUUUCCCUCCCUACUACUUGGCUACUUCUUUUCACUGCAUUACGUCUACAUACCUGCCAACAUCCUCU